UUUUCUUCUUCUUCUCCAUUCGAGCAAACAUGGCGGCGUCGUUGGUGAGGCUCGUCCGCGGAGGACUCGGAAGGAGCUUGAACAUCUCCAGGAGUUCGUGUCUCCUGCAGCAGCAGAUCAGAGCCCAGAGCUCCACCACCGAGUCCCGCCCCACCGUCAGGCCCAAAGAUGGCGUGGCUCACAACCAGCUGGCAGCGUUUGGAGAGUACGUGGCUGAGAUGAUGCCCAAAUACGUCCAGCAGGUCCAGGUGACGUGUUACAACGAGCUGGAGGUGAUGAUCCACCCGGACGGGGUCAUCCCCGUGCUGACCUUCAUGAGGGACCACACCAACGCCCAGUUCAGGAACAUGAUCGACCUGACCGCCGUGGACAUCCCCACCAGGCAGAACCGCUUUGAGAUCGUGUACAACCUGCUGUCGCUGCGCUUCAACUCGCGCAUCCGCGUGAAGACCUACACGGACGAGCUGACCCCGGUGGACUCGGCCGUGCCCGUGCACAUGGCCGCCAACUGGUACGAGCGGGAGGUGUGGGACAUGUACGGCGUGUUCUUCGCCAACCACCCGGACCUGAGACGCAUCCUCACCGACUACGGCUUUGAGGGUCACCCCUUCAGGAAGGACUUCCCCCUGUCCGGAUACGUAGAGGUGCGCUACGAUGACGAGCUGAAGCGCGUGGUGGCCGAGCCCGUGGAGCUGUCGCAGGAGUUCCGGAAGUUCGACCUCAACACGCCCUGGGAGGUUUUCCCCGCCUACCGGGAGCCCAAGGAGGCCCCCCCCAAGCUGGAGGCCGGAGACGCCCCUCCAGAGAAGAAGUGAUGCCCCCCCCCCCCACCGCUGGGACUCCCGAUCCCAGACCUCCUCCCUGACAUAUUUCUGUACAUAAAAGUGCUAAUAAAACAGUCAUUAAUGUUUUUAUUGUGUUCUUUUUGUGUAUCUGAU